GUCUUGACGAUGAGAGCUGUGUAAUGAGGUCACAAUGGGGAGUAGUAAACAAUCUGGAUCGGCCUCAUUCACUUGAAGACCAUGUUGGGCGUGUCCAAUCUAAGAGCUGCAUCCUUCUGGAAAUCCUGCAACAACGGUGAACAUGACUCUGUAUGCAGCCUUUCAGCCCUUUUCCAUCAGUGAUGUGAUUUUUAUAAGAUCACCGUGACUAACACAUUCGCUAUUGAGCGUAUCUCGUGGAACUGUUUUUGCAAUAAUUAUUAUGUAGUCUUUCAUCGUAGUAAACUGUACAUUAAUAAACUGUGUUGAAAUGGUGUUAUCUCCUUUAAAGAAUGGGUAUAUUAUAGCCUGACUGGAUAAAAUGUAUAUUCAGUUGUAAUUCUGUAUGUAUAAUUUAUUGUUGACAGUUUAAUAUUGUAUUUUGGAUGUGAGGUCGAAUUAAGAACCAGAGUGAUUCAGCAUAUUAAUAACUAUAGAGGGAUUCAUUGAAUCUACUGUGUCCAUUUUAGAGUAUAACUUUAUUUGCAGAAGACAGAUCAUUUUUAGGCGUGGUUCAACGUGCUACUGACUUGUGGAAUUUUAAUAAUCAGUUUUUUAGUUUGUGCUAUUAUGUCACCAAUCACAAUCACCUCAUUUGAAACUGGGCAGUGAAAUUAUUAAUGUAUUAUUUUCCAUCGAAAACAAAUGUAAGUGUGCUGUAAAGCAAGACACUGAAUCCAUAUUUCCAGAUUUUCAAGUGAUCUUCAAGCGCCUUCAGGAUAAUCCCUUGUGUUGUCUCCAAUGUUGAGAUAAAACAUUGAAAUAUAUACUAUGACCUUUUGUUUUCAUGAUUUCUUUAGCAGUUAUUAGUCAUUGCAGUGGAUUGUUUCGUUUGUGUUCUGAAAAUGUCAGUGCCCAUACAGGAAUGUAUGUGUUAGACAUCUUGUAACUGUAGAAGAGUAAUGCUGAGUGUGUGUUAGGUUUUGGUUUGAAAAAAUCAAGAGGAAUGAGGUAAGCCAUUUCAGAGCUAGCUGGUUACUUAUCAGAAUAACCUUUCCAUUUGUGUGGACAGGGUAAACCUAGUUCCAAAAUACAUUAUUCGUGUCAUGUAGCUUAAGUCAACGAAGAACUUCCCAUAUUAAGAUUUCUGAGAUUUGGAUGGGCAGCAAGCAAUUUAGUAAUACUGAAGUAGGUGACCUUAUGUUAGCAGAAAAUGUUUCUGGCUAAAUGGAAGCUUAAAUUGGAUUGAACACAUAAUAUAUUAAAAAAAAGAUAAAACAGUAAUAUACAUAUAAAGUAGAGAUUUAUGAAUGUAAUGUAGUUAAUAACUAACAAAAACAAUUAGAUUUUGUAGGUUUGGCAUAACCUACAGUGUAAUAUAUAGAAAUUAUGUAAAAGCAAACCCUAGUAUGUUAUCUUCUUGAAUAAUAUCAUUAUCUGAAUAAAAGAGAACCUCAUAAAAUCUGCCAGGAGGUGACAAAUGCAUUCAUAUAUAAUGUAAUAGAGGUUGUAAAAUAUAGAUUUAUCUGAAGAAUCCAACUUUCAUACAAAAUUGCAGUGAAUUGCUUAAUUUAAUGCUGGUAGAUUGUUAUGUGAAAAUUACUUAUUAAUUAUUGGAUGUUGAUAACUUGGUAGUGCAACGGAAUUUGGGCAAGUUCUGUGAUAUAAUGAUGAGAGAUCAUCUAGCUGCAGAAGCAGAAAGGUUUUAUUCCCAAAAUCUUAAUCCAAAACUGUGAUCUGAAACACAGGCAGCAUCUUGUAGGAUAGGCGAAGGCAACACAAGGCCAAUCCAACUACAAAGUCCAAAUUGUAAUCCCAAAAUCGGUAAUCAAAGCAGUAGGUUAUUGGUCCCGUCAGCACAAAACAGAAAAAGAAAAAAACAAUGACAAAUCUAACAGACGAAGAAUGGGAGAUCAGAUGGAAAUUUCAUACAAGUAGGGAAACCAAAUAUGGUGUAGUAUACUUAGUGAAGUGAGGAUGGUCUGUGGUUUGUGGGUUUGGACCUUAUUCCCCUGAUCUGAAGGUUGUUCUAAUCCUGUGGGUGGUAGAAUUAUUCUACUAUUGGGUCCUUGAGCUUCCAAGUUGCUCAUCGAUAACCUGGACCUAUCUUUCUCAAUUGGGUAUUGCUUUGGACAGAUGAAUGAAUGUAAAUGACUACUGUCACAAAAAUAUCAUAAGAAUACUCAAUAUGUCAUCCUUCCAUGUUGUGGAAAAUAUUUUAGUUGUUAUAUUAGUGGAGUUGCUGGAGCACUUUACUGGGUGAAUGUUGUCCAGUAUGUCUAUGCCUAGCCUACAGCUGGCAAACUGUCUGCCCACCCAGCAGAGACAGGCCAAAUGUUACCACUAUAACUCCCGCCCCCGCCCCACACAAUUCGAGCAUUGGUGCCCAUCCAUAACACCCAAAUGCCCACCCCAGGUAGCAUGCUGGUAAGGCCACUGCCCCUCACCCGCUCCAUGGGGUUGUGUUUCUUUCCUUACUCUCCACUGGUCGACAGUCGCUAAUUUUACUUUUAUCCCUUUAAAUAGUCUGUCCUCACCAUACCAGUGGAUUCAAGAGUCCAGAUUUUCAAGAUUCAAGAGAUCUUUAGUGUCACCCCACCGAUAUAGAUGUACUGUAUACAUCCCAGAUGAAACAUCACCUUCUUAAGCCCCAUGUGACCAGAUGAUAUGCAACAUACUGUACAACAUAAAGUGCAAAAGAGGCAUAAUGACAAGACAUGCAGUGCAAGAUUCGGAGUUCAGUGCCAGCAUGCCUCUUCCGUACGUCCAUAACCAUGGGCAACAGUUUAGCCGACUCAAAGGAGACGAAACGACAAAUUGGACCGGGCCUGUUAUUUUCUCGGAUGAUGGAUCACAGAAGCCUGCCAGAAAUGGAAAGAAAAGAUGUUUCCGUCAGAAUAUUCAGCGUCAGACAGAAUCAAUCAACUCCAUUAUUAUCGCUCCCUGCCUAGCUGAUAUUCAGAAGAAAAAAAAACGCUCGCAAAGGUAUAUUGAGCUGUAUGAUGGUCCCUAUGAUUUCAACUCCACAACAUGCAGGGAAUUCAGGCAUGAAAUCAUCGAGGUUAAGGUGCUUACAAUGGUAAAGACAACUGAUCUUUUUGAUAGAUGGCGAAAUCUCCAGGUGUGUAAAUGGGAGCAAAACAAUGUGGAAUCCAAUGCUUUCAAGGGCUUGUUAUCCCGCUGUUGCAAUGCACCCUCAUUCCUCUUCACCACCAAGAGAAACACGCCAGAAGGAACUAAGCUGAGGUAUGAGGUGGACACCAGUGGUAUCCUGCACAUCGGCUCAGAGAUUUUCAAGAUGUUUCCUGAUGACAUGCCGUUCAGCCGGUCCCAGUUCAAGAAAUGUGCAGUAAUCGGCAACGGAGGAAUCAUCAAGAACAGCAAAUGUGGGAAGGAGAUUGAUUCUAUGGACUUUGUGUUUAGAUGCAACAUACCCCCUAUCUCUGAAAAAUAUGCGGUGGAUGUGGGUUACAAGACGGACGUUGUGACCAUUAACCCAAGUAUUAUCACUGAAAGGUUCCAGAAGCUCGAGAAGUGGAGGAAGCCCUUUUACGAUGUGCUGCAGGCUUAUGGGAACUCAUCGGUGGUGCUGCCGGCCUUCUACAACACCCGCAACACAGACGUCUCCUUCCGUGUCAAGUACAUGCUGGAUGACUUCGACUCUCAGAAGGGGGUGUUCUUCUUCCAUCCGCAGUACCUGCUGAAUGUGCAGCGCUUCUGGUCACUGCAGGGCGUUCGAGCUAAGAGGCUGAGCAGCGGCCUCAUGUUGGUGACGGCUGCCAUGGAGCUCUGCGACGAGGUCCACCUCUACGGCUUCUGGGCCUUCCCCAUGAACCCUGCGGGUAUCUUCAUCACACACCACUACUACGACAACGUGAAGCCCCGGCCCGGGUUCCAUGCCAUGCCUCAUGAGAUCUUCAAUUUCCUGCACCUGCAUAGCAGGGGAAUCCUCCAGGUACACACUGGACCCUGUAGGUGACGGCCUACGAGCAUAUGACCAUCAGCUGUGUGGGAGUCUGGCUGCACCGUUUUUGUUAGUCGUGCAAAAUUUUGAUAGAUCAACGAUGCAUGGGGCUUUCCUCAGCUUUAUCCACAGACUUACUUUCAACCCAGAUGUAAGGCAAUACUUCUUUUUGUACCCUCCUGAUUUCCAUAGAGUGACUUAUCUUCAUGCUCGAUAUAAUUUAUAUGUUUGUUUACAAUUUGCUAAAUAUAAUUAAUAAGACAGGCAAUGUUUUCAAUCAUUUCAGUUUAAUUUUGUUGCUUAAAUGUUGGUGGUCUUACCAAAUAAAUGUUGCUUCUUUAAUUUUGCUAAUGGCUGAAUUAUACUUCUUAGAUAUUUAUUCAAAUUUGCAAAAAGUAUUCUAACUGGAAAAAAGCGUUCGUGUCUCAUGUUUUUUUUUUACAUGGCAGCACAUGAGGAUUUAAUAAUGUGUUCAGAAUUGUUCUGAGCUCCUAAAUUUGUUUUUACCUAAUGUGAUUUUAAAAUGAUACACUUUUUAUAGUGUGUUUAAAAAGUAAUGGACCACCAAUGGUUAGAACCAUGUAAAACAAACAAGCUCUGCUCAGUUUUAACCAGUGUUUCUAAAUAUUGGAAAUAUUUAAAAGGCUGACAAUGAUUUUAACGACUCUGAGCUAUUAGUUAAGUUCUCAUCAGACGAGCUUGAUGGGCCGAAUGGCCUCCUCUCAUUUGUACAUUUCUUGUGUUCUUAUGUUUUAAUGCUAGAAAAUAUGCAUUCUCUGUGUAUUCCUGCCACGAUGUAUGAUAUAAAAUGUGACCUAAAUUAAAACGAACAGGCAAAUUCAAUAUGAAAUGGUACUAUACUUAAUUUUAAACAAUAAUACGUCUUUCAUAGUGUUACACUGCUUUGAGUGCAUAUUUACCGGCACCUGAACAACUCACUCAGUGUUGAUCUAAAUUUUAAAUUUCAGAUGAAAUGCUAUCGUACAUCUAUAUUAACAAUAUAUUUAAACAUGAGGAUUUUUACCAAUUUUUCAGUUCUUUUUCUUAAUACAAUGGGAUGCAUUGUUUAUCCAUAACAUUUGUGAUACUGCCGAAAGUGGUAACAUUCAUUUAGUACUCUCAGUUAUUUUUAAAAUUGAAAUUGACAAUUGGAACCUUAAGUUGUAUAUUUUUUGCUUUACUAUUAGUUACAUAUGUGGAGCUGUUCACUCUACACCUUAAAAAAAUGUCUUUUCGCUGCCUAAAACAUGUCACACAUGGAUCAGAAUUAUCCACUAAAUCUACUUCUUUUUCAUCGUCUUCACACCACUUUUCCUGGUUAGGGUUGCAGUUUUAUCUGGCAAACAGCAUCAAAAAUGAAUCUCCAUAGAGAAGCACAACAACAGGGAUCCAUACUGCUGUUUUCUGGUGAAACUUGCCAUGAUGCUUUGUGUUUUUUAAAGUUUACCAGUGAUAUCAAUAUGUCUCAACAGGUUUUUAGAACACAGUGUGAUUAUACCCUCAUUAUAUAAAUAUAUUCAGAAUUGUGUGGAUCUGUGAUCGUCUGUGUAUUUGUAUUACUGUUGCGUAUGAAUCUUACAUAUGUGAGAGUGAGCGAUCACCAGUUCUGUGAGCCUUUGAUGUUAUCAAAUGCUUUAUAAUAACCAUUCAUUUCAGACCUGGAGUAAAUUUAACAUUUAUAUAAAAUUCUGUGGUAACCUUAAAUUCCGAUGUCUUCAGAAAUGAAACCUGGAUUCUUUUGUUAAGCAUGUUAGCAUAACGGACUGGGACACAGAGGAUAUAAAUGUGUGUAUAUAAAUGUGUGAAUUUCUUGCCGUUGGAGAAGCUUUUGUAUAUAUUAAAUUACUUUCCUUUAUAUUCUUCAUUAUGUAUUUAUAUAUUGCAAUAUAUGUAAAUUGUCUUGUUGAAAAUAAUGUAAAAAUGGAUAAAAGAAUGAAGUUUAGUACUUUCCUUUGCAUCUCCAUUGCCACUGCAUAGUCACUGUUAGUCCUACUGUAUAUCAGUUAAAAAGUUACGUUUUAUUUACGUAAUCAUAUACAUUGCAUAUAUAUUAGCAAAACUAGAUACACAAUUGCAUAACAAAUGGAAUCACUGACAAUGAUUAGACUGAUCUGUCAAGGAGACUGAUUUGGAGCAUUAUUCUAUACAAGUUGUUUGUAAAUAAACCUGUUGGUUUGUACUCUA